CCACCCUGCACUUUUAAGAACUCUCUUCGUCAACCAUAUUUCUCACAAUUUGAAGCACAUCCCAUCUCGUUGUUGCUUUGAACUUCCAGAGACGUUUUAAUUUCUUUGAUUGAAAAUGAUCAAAACAUCUUUUUCUAAUUUAGAUGUGAUUUAGUAAAUAAAGAAACCUAAGGAAAAAUUUCGAUGGCAACAGAAUCAUUUUUUGCAGAAAAGUGCUUCAAAAUUCUGUAAAAGCAUCGACUUUAAUACAUUUUUAUACCAGAACGCGGAAAGCUAGAUGUGUGCCGUAAAUCCGAAUCCCACAUUUUUUCAUUCCGAAGAAAUUGAUGGUAAUUUGCCACCAGCCUAACUAAUUUUAACCUGCAAUCAUACAAUAAUUUGUAUCAUAAUUUAGAAACAUGCAUUUCCUGUUUAGGCAUAGAAGGAAAUUUAAACGGAGCCAAAUGAAUUUUACAGCUCAGUCUAUGACACACAUUCCACAAUUAAAUGUUAAACCUUCUUUUCAAAUACUAAUUUGGGAUCUAAGAAACUUCUGCGAGCAGGGAGACUUGAAUAGAGCAUUGAAUAUUUUACAUGUUAUGGACAAACAUGGCAUUUGGGUAGACUAUUCUUCGUAUGUACCUUUAGUGCAGGCGUGCAUUAACAAGAAGGCACUAGCAGAAGGCAAAUUAGCGCAUGCCCACAUUUUACAAACAGGGUUUAAGGCGGAUACGAAAUUAGAAAACAAAUUUGUUAUAAUGUAUGCAAAAUGCAGUAGCAUGGGAGAUGCGCAAAAGUUUAUGGAGCAAAUGUCCGAACAGAAUGUAGUUACAUGGAGUUCACUGAUUGCUAAUUAUGCCAGGCAGGGCUUUGAUGAGGAAGCCUUGGGAUUUUUUCAUCAAAUGCAGAAGAGGGGGAUAACGGCUGAUCAGUUUACUCUUGCAAGUGUUUUGCCAGCUUGUGGCCACAUGGAGACUGUGGAAUAUGGUAGAGCGAUCCAUGGAAGUAUAUUUGUGAAGGGGUUUUGUUGUGACAUUGUUGUGGGGAGCGCCCUUGUUGAUAUGUAUGUGAAGUGCAGGCGUGUUCAGGAUGCACGUAAGGUGUUCGAGGAAAUGCCUGAAAGGAAUGUGGUGUCUUGGACUGCUAUGAUUGUUGGGUGUUUACAGGAUGGGUAUUUGGAUGAGGCGGAAGAGCUUUUUCGGAAAAUGCCUGGACGAGAUUUGACUUCGUGGAAUGCCAUGAUCGCGGGGUAUGCACAGAACGGACUGAUUGGGAAAGCGAGAAAACUGUUUGGGGAGAUGCCAGAGAGGAAUGUUGAGUCGUGGACUGCUAUGGUUAUGGCGUGUGCGCAAAAUGGGUUGGUUGAGGAGGCCAUGGAACUGUUUAAUAGGAUGCCCGAGAAAAAUAAGUUCUCCUGGACUGCAAUGAUCGUGGGGUAUGCGCAGAAUGGGCAACUUGAGGAGGCAGAGGAGCUGUUUGACAAAAUGCCUGAAAGAGAUCUGGUUGUGUGGAAUGCGAUGAUCAGGGCAUAUGCUCAGAAUGGGCAUGUUGAUAAAGCUCAAAGUGUGUUUGACCAGAUGCCUGAAAGGAACCUGGUUUCGUGGAAUCAAUUGAUUGCAGCAUAUGCUCAAAAUGGACAAGCUGAUGAUGCCCGGAAACUCUUUGAGGAUAUGCCUAGACGGGACUUGGUUUCAUGGAACACAGUGAUUUCUGGAUAUGUACAAAGUGGGCAGCUUGAUGAGGCCUUGAUGCUCUUUGAAGAAUUGCCUCAAAGAGGUCUUGUCUCUUGGAACAUAAUGAUUUCAGGAUAUGCUCAAAGUGGAUGUUUGGAGGAAACUUUGAUGCUCUUCAGAGAAAUGAGGAAAGCAGGUAUGAAGCCAGACUCUGUUACAUUUGCAAGUGUUCUCCCAGCGUAUGCCCACGUGGGGGUUAUUCAACAGGGCAAGGAGGUCCACAAAGAAAUACUUAGAAGUGGAUUUCAAUCUAAUGUCUUUGUGGGUAGUGCUCUCAUAGACAUGUAUGCCAAAUGUGGAAGAAUAGAAGCAGCACGCUGCAUUUUUGACAAAUUGCCUGCACAAGAUGUUGUUUCAUGGAAUGUGAUGAUUACAGGCUAUGCUAUGCAUGGGUGUGGGAAGGAGGCCACUCGACUUUUUAAUCAAAUGGAACUUGCCAAUGUUAAACCAGACGGUGUCACAUUUGUUGGUGUUUUGUCUGCAUGCUGCCAUGCAGGCUUAGUUGAUGAGGGUUGGCAGUAUUUUCAUCGCAUGACUCAAGAAUAUGGUGUCAUGCCUCUGACAGAGCACUAUUGCUGCAUGGUGGACCUUCUGGGUAGAGCUGGGCAAUUGGAUGAGGUGCUAGACUUCAUCAACAAAAUGGCAAUUAAACCUGAUGCUGCUAUUUGGCGUUCUUUUCUUGGUGCAUGUAGAGUUUAUAACAAUAUGCAACUAGGACAGUUUGCGGCAGAACGCCUUUUUGAGUUGGACACUAAGAAUUCUGCCGACUACGUGCUGCUUUCAAACAUAUAUGCAACAUCCGGCAGGUGGGAAGAUUGUGAAAAAGUGAGGAAAAUGAUGCUAGACAGGAAGGUGAAAAAGAUGCCUGGACGUAGUUGGAUUGAGGUCAAUAACAAGGUGCACAAUUUUCUUGUUGGAGACAAGUCACAUCCACAAACUGAUAAAAUUUAUGCAAUGCUGGAAAACUUAGCUGGACAGAUGAAGGAGUCCGGGCAUGAUUCGGACACAAACUUUGUCCUCCAUGAUGUGGAGGAGGAGCAGAAGGAGAGGUUUCUCAAUUAUCACAGUGAGAAACUAGCCAUUGCAUUUGGGCUUAUUAACACGUCUCCUGGGACAGUUAUCCGGAUUGUCAAGAACCUUAGGGUAUGUGGUGACUGCCACUCUGCCAUUAAGUUCCUCUCCAAGAUUGUUGAGCGAGAAAUUGUUGUGAGGGAUGCUAUCCGCUUCCAUCAUUUCAAAGAUGGUCAAUGUUCUUGUGGAGACUAUUAUUGAUUUAGACUAAAUUAAACAAUAAUAUAAUACUGGAUUAUGCAAACCUUCGGCAUAUUAUCAGAUGGGUAUGUCACAGAUAAAAACAUUUUUCUCCAUAUUGUGGGGUAGUGGAAGGGUUAUUUUUUCAAUUACCAAUGCGAGAAACUAGUCACAGAUUGUCGCUAUGGUACAAGGUCAUCUCGAACAUUGUUAAACAAGAAAUUAUUGUGAGGGAUGCUGCUUGAUUACGUCAAUGGUUGCAAGUGACCAGGUCUUUUUCAUCUUCUCGGACAUCUGGCAAAUAAAAAUUCAGCCAUUAAUUUGGUCUUAAGCAAUCUUUGUACGAAGCAACGUAUCACGCCUAGAUCAUGGAGCAUAGUCUUUCUAUUCAAAACUGUGUUUCUAAAUGGAUCAAAUAUCAGAAUACAAGGAAUAAGAGCAAUGGGCCAAAAGCAACGAGUAAUCAUUAAUAAUAAUUAUUGACGCUGGCUUAAAACAAAGGGAACAUUCAUACUUGACAUCAUUUAACUUACAAAUAACCAGGUAAAAUAGCUCUCUUGCAGAUCAAUGUGAUGUGAUUCCAAUGUAAGAGGUUCAAAACUACUCAGUGCAAUGAAGAAAGCAUGCUGCAUACAUACUCUUUCAAUUCUAUACUUGCUAUUAGUAAGGUGGCUAAAGACUGCAGUGCUGUGCAAUUGGAUGGUCUGCAGUUUCAAAAUGAAUCACUGUCAUAUACUUGAAGCUUCUUCCAAACCCUGAAUGGAGGUGAUUUGUGUGGAAGUUUUCAAGAAAUACAUAAGCUGUUGGCACACCGAACACUAGCAGAAAUCUGAGAACUGACUGUGAUCAAAACUGAUUGAUAUUCUUGAGUCUGUGCUUCGGCUAGCCAGAUGUUUUGACUGGUGAGUUUCACUACACACGGAAUCUUGUUGGAUAAUUGAAUAUGUAAAAAUUCAGUUAAAUCAAUCUCACUAGUUCCGUAACAUAACGACACUGUUUCUAAUCAAAAGCAGUUCCCGUUUACUUGA